AUGGACGCCCAGACCACCGCCCCUCCUACCCGCCCCGCGAGCCCGAGCCCGUUCGCGCCCUCCACGGCGCCUACGACCGUCACCCCGCCCGCGUCCGCUGCACCACCCACCAAUGACACGAUCCUGGCGCUCCUUGCCAAUUUGGAGCACGAGGAAGAUACGGACAGCAACGUCCAUGGGUGGUGCAUCAUCGCAUAA